AUGCGAUCUCUAUUCUUCAAUUUUCUUAUAAUUUUCUUCUCAAAUGUUCUCCCUCAAAGCCUCCAGCAGCAGCCACCACACCCAAUCAAAACCAUAGUAGUCUUAGUCCUCGAAAACCGGUCAUUUGACCACAUGCUCGGGUGGACGAAAAACUCCAUAAACCCCACAAUCGACGGCCUCAACGGCAAAGAAUGCAAUCUGAUCUCCACCACCGAUCCUUCCGGCCCGAAAAUCUACGUCUCGGACGACUCCGAAUACAUUGACCUAAACUCGGGCCACACGUUCGAAGACAUCCAUAAACAAGUCUUCGGAUCCGACCCUUACCCAUCCAUGUCCGAUUUCGUCGAGCAAGCCUCGACCGUCUCGAAAAACCUCUCCGAGACCGUGAUGAAAGGGUUCCAUCCGGAGAAAGUCCCGGUUUUUUCCAGGCUGGCGAACGAAUUCACCGUGUUCAACCGGUGGUUCAGCUCGGUCCCCGGGACCACCCAACCGAACUGGAUUUUCUUAUUUUCCGCCACCUCACAGGGGUCCACGAGCAACGUGAAACGCUUCCCGGCGGCGUACUUGUGCUGGAAUCUAUGUAAAUUGAAGUAUGCGUUCAAAUUCAAGCGUUACGAGUCGAAGUUUGAGAGGGACGCGAAGUGUGGGAAGCUGCCGAGCCUCACAGUUAUCGAGCCGAGAUACUUCGAUGUUAUGGGCCAACCCGCGAACGACGAUCACCUGUCGCACGACGUGGCGCAAGGGCAGAGGCUCGUGAAGGAGGUGUACGAGACGCUGAGGGGGGGUCCGGCAGUGGAACGGGACUUUUGUUGGUGGUCACGUACGACGAGCACGACGGGUUUUACGAUCAUGUCCCGACGCCUUACGUGGGAGUCCCGAAUCCAGACGGGAACAUGGGGCCCGCGCCUUAUAAACAGGCCACCUUCCCCAAAUUCAGAAUAUGAACACUCGUCAAUACCGGCAACCAUAAAGAAGGUAUUCAAUCUCUCGUCACACUUUCUUACUCACAGAGACUCUUGGGCUGGCACGUUUGAGCACGUUUUCAGUGAGCUUACCUCUCCAAGAACCAAUUUCCCAGAGGUUUUGCCUGAUGUUGCUCAUUUGAGGAAGGAGGAAGCCAAUGAAAACAGGGGGUUGUCCGAGUUUCAGGAUGAACUCGUCCAGCUGGCGGCUGUUCUUAAGGGCGAUCAUUACUUGAGCAGCUUUCCGAAUGAGAUGGUUAAAAAGAUGAAGGUUAGGGAAGCUAAUGAGUACGUAAAAGGUGCGGUGCCGAGGUUCAUAAGGGCGAGUAAAGAGGCUAAGAAGCUUGGGGCGGACCCGUCUGCCAUUGUUGACAUGAGAUCUUCUCUGACUACACAAACUUCGUCGUCCGUCCACAAAUGA